ACCACCACCACCACCACCACCACCACCACCACCACCACCACUACAAUCACAACCACCACCACAACCAGAACCGAUGACAACUCACUCGUCAUCGCCACCACAGCGCCUGGAGCUCCCCUUGAUGCCCAUGGAGGGCCCAUCUACAACAGCAUCAGGUUUGAACGACGUCGUUGCCCGUGGUCAAGGCUGGAUUCCAGGACGGUGGACUUACUGAAAUCCCUCGCUCCCACCCCACUUGUCAUCGACAAGGCCAUCGCUGGCGUGGGCAAGCUACGUGUAGAAUUCAACUACACGUGUGCUCAGAUGAUGCUUGCCAGCGGUUACAGAGUGGAGUUGAAGGUCGACAACGGCACAUCGGUCGAUGACUUCGACUAUUGGUUGUGGUAUUUCAUCGAUACCUACCUCGAUGAGUUUGACGACGCGGCGGCCACGGCCAUUAACGCCGGGAUCCCUCGGAUGGAGGCUAGAAGGAGUCCAGACGAGUUAUGGGGGGAGGUCGCCGACUUGUUAUUGGAAGGCCUAAAGGACGUUAAGAUGCCCUGAGCAUGGGGAGGGCAUCAUGCCAAAUACUUGGCUUUGGUUUACAUGGCGACGGAGUUCAACUUGUUAUUAUUGUGGUUGAACUGUUCAAUACAGCCGGGGAGGUCACCAGCACAAACUACAGAUCCUGGGCAGUGGCAUGAAAAUUUGCCCAUGAUGGGCGCCAGGCCCUCAAAGGGCUUGCACAUUAGGUAGACGCGCGAUGCACAUAACAUGCAGUGUUUACAGACUUUUUGUUUUCCUUUGGCUGCGUACUUCGAACCACGUGGAAUGAAAGACUAAUUACUACUGACAGAGUCAUGGAUCUUGACAGGAAUGGUGCGUGUAGCUGGUUCCUCUGUCUCGCCCAGAGUUGUAAGGACCUG